GUUCACGAACGGCUUCACUCUCCUUUUAACUUAUCCCCUCCUCUUCACCUCAUUCACUCUCGCUCCCUCUGUCACAUACAUAGUGAAGAGUAAUGGAGGCCUUUCAUAAGCGGCUACGGCUUCGCAAGCAACGUUCGGACCUUGUUGUUCAAGGCUUGCGAGUAUUCUGGGUCACCGUCGUCCUCUGGGGGGAAAUUGGCAUCUUUUAUUGGAGCUUGUCAGACUGUACGUGGCCGGAUAAACCCCUUGCUGAGGCUUCGUCUAGAGUCCCAGCAGCAAAGCACAUCCUACUCAUCGCCGACCCAUACGUUCUGCCUCCAUCUACGAAACCGCUGGCGAAAAUCACAUCAUGGCUCUCGCCCUCAGCAUGGCCAUCUAUACGUCGCGAAGCUCAUUUGCACAAAUCAUGGUCGGUAGCACGGCGCUUACACCCUGAUCUCAUAGUCUUCCUCGGGGACAUGCUCGGGACAGGUAGAUCCAUGCAGGAUGACAUUGAGUUCGAUGCAUAUGUACAUAAAUUCCGAGACACCUUCCGCCUGGAUGAGGAGCAGGCUGAGGUGAGAUUCAUCCCAGGAAAUGGUGAUGUCGGACUUGGAUCCGCGAAUCACUUCGCAAAACAUGUUUCUGAGCGUUACGCCUCCCACUUCGGACCUCCCAACCAACAACUUCACUUUGCAAACCACAGCCUCGUUCUUCUUGACGCGCCCGGCUUAGUGAACGAGGAUUACCAGCGUGCAGGGCGCGGGACAUCAUUCGACGAUUGGACCCCGCUGAAAGGUGGUGCGAUCGAGUUCGUCAAGGACAUUGCCAUUCGAUCUUCCGCGGACCCCACCAUACUAUUCACCCAUAUACCGCUGCACCGAUCGGAGUCGCGGAACUGUGGCCCUUUACGUGAGCGUGGAGGAUCCAUCCACAGAGGUGUGGGGAAAGGAUGGCAGAGUAUGCUUGGGAAACAGACUUCUGCCUUUCUGCUCGAAACAUUGAAGCCUGUAGCAGUAUUCAGUGCGGAUGACCGGGAUUAUUGCGAAGUGGAGCACACGCUUCCUUCAGAGAUCGUAGGACGGACAAGGGUGCCCGGAAAAUCCAUCCAUGAAAUAACCGUCAAAUCAUUCUCGCCCUCUGUCCACAUAACCCGCCCAGGCUUCCAACUUCUCUCCCUACUUCCCGCCUCAUCACGUCCUUCUUCCUCGGCCGCGUCGCAUUCGACCUCAACAGGUCUCAGCGUUCCCUCACAGAGCUCCGCCCAAACCUACUCAUCCAAACUUUGUCUCCUCCCCGCCACCUCCUCAACAGCCCUUUCCCUCUACCUACCCAUCUUCUUUCUCUCAUUCGCCGUCCUCUUCAUCGCACACUACAAUGUCCGACGUACACGAGCACACAAGCUUACACAUGCCCUGUCCAACUCUAUAGGGGUUUCUGACUGGAGUAUGAGGGAAAAGCUGGAGUUUCUACCCAAAUUCACCGACGGAAUCCGCUUCCCUCUCAAUUCCAGUCGCGCACCCGGCUACGGCGGUGAAGACAGUGAGAAAUCGGGCGCGGAUACACCAAGUAGGUACAUACAACCUUCGACAUACUUCGAGAUGCCAUUGCCGGCCUCAAGCCCGGUCCCCAAGACGCCAAGAACACCGUGGACGCCCUGGAGCCCUGUUCCCGUAACGGGCUUUCCUGGUUCUAGCUCGCAACAGCUGCCCCGUACACCUCGUACACCACAAAUGCCUCUGUCCAGAUCUACUUCGAACUCCAAUCUCACCUCGCUGCAAUACGGACCGGAUGACGAGGAUGACGACCAUUACUCCUACGGUGCGAGAGCGGAUGAUGUUGAGAGAACGCCCCGGACUCCCUCGUAUAGCAGUCCCCAACGCAGCAAAGCACCAUCCUCAGGUUCCAGGAUGGGAGGACGAUCGAAUGCGAAGCAUGGGCUGGGGUUGGGGAUCAGCUCCUCGAGAGUCGGGAGUAUGACCAGUUUGAGUGGAGGCGCAGUCGGAGUGGAUGAAGAUUACCAUUCGACCUCUGGGCCUGAAGGGUCGGGAUCUGGGAGCGGAGAGAGUGGGUCAGCGGAUAACGAGGCAAGCGAAGGGGAGUAUGUUUAUGUUGGUGCCGGUGCUGGGGGCCGACGAGGGGCCGGAGCCUCUGGAAAAUCAAGACAGCUAUCGAAGCCUCCGUCGGGGAGGUCUGUCAUGAAAGACCCGGAGGCGAAGCCUGCAGCACCAUUGUUGAGGGAACGUGCACCUAGGUCGGUGAUCGGAGUAUUGAGAUGGGGAUUGAGGAAUUGUUUGUUGGCUGUGCCGAGGAUGGUGGGCAGGGGUGGUGGUGGUCUGGGUAAGGGGAGGGAGAAAAGAGGAUUGGUGGAGGGCGUGAUUGCGGAUCUGGGGAGGGUGGUGUGGCCUGCGAUGAUCGUCUGGAUAGUUCUGUCGUGGUGGUUUUCGCGAUGAGUGGACUUUAUGAUUUGUGAAACGGACCUCGGGGGUAGAAUUAUCUUAUUACGCACGCGCACUCGUUACUUAGGACAGAGACAGGUUGGAGUUUGUCUUAUGUCCUGGACGUUUAGUUAGUCUACGAUUAGAACAAUGCGAACCUCUUUUUGGCAUUGUGACCGUGUAUUUGUGUGUGUAGCUCUUGUAAGGCAUGGCGCAUGCUGUCAAAUGCGAAUAUGUUUGUUUUACCAACUGCCUAGCAAGUCGAUUAAAUAGAACUCUAGUCCAGAGUGGUAUGGUAAGUUCCUGCACGCUCUAGCCAAGACCUGCAGAGUCCGAAAACCUCGCCUGUGUACCACAUCAACAUUCUCAACGCGAACAAAAACCGCCCUCUACUGAGUUUUCAGGAAGUUCUGCUCCCGUAUUCUCUGCCUAUUCUCCUUCCUCAUUCUCUUCUUCUCCGCAAAUCCUCCUGGUCCGUCAUCCUCCAACACCUUCUUCUCGAGCAACUUCCACAACCAUGGUGGGUAUUCGUCGUCUGGGAGAGCGAGAACGGGCGGCUGAUCCUUGAGCCAUGUUACACCCUUCAGGACUGUAUUUGGUGGACAUAUAGAGCGUGAUGUCGGUGCACCAUCAGCUGAAGCCUCGGGUAUUGAGGCUGCUGCCGCAGAUGGGGCAGCAUUUUUACCAGCCGCAGGCUUCGCCGCCUCAGCUGCAACUCGUGAUGAAGAGGAGAAUUGGCAGCAGCAUUGAAAUGCUGGUCUGUGUGGCACCCACCGUGGAAGAACGCGAAG